AUGACAACCUCACGCUUACAAUUGCAAUCAGAAAUUUUUCAAAACCAUCCAGUAAAUUCAACUCUCCUCAUGGCCAUCGUUUGGACUAUAAAUAACGCUUACAUUGGCGAUUCAAGUGCUUUGGUGUUUUCCUUAUGGUCAAGUACAGCAGAAGAUGACAGUUAUCAGAAGCAGCUGCUUGGUGAUAUAAUGACAUCUAUCAGUGAAUCGAAAUUGACAUCUGUCAUUGAGAUUGGUGAAAAUGUGAAAUGUCAGCAAAAUUUACAGGACGGUAGCAUGAGUGAAUGUCUGGUACACAGAGACAUUAUUCUGAUGAUCGAUAGUUUUGAGUCUUUCAUGCGAUUCAAAAAAGAAUUAAAAAAGGAAAAUUAUCUUGUGAGAGGAUAUUACACAAUAAUCUUCACCGGAAACAAGCAACGUUAUUUUAAUAUUAUUUCUCGAAUAUUUAAGGAAAUAUUCAGAGCUUUUAUUGUUAAUGUCAAUAUUUACGUGGAAGUACUUAAUCAAACUCUUGUGUACACAUAUUACCCUUAUACACGAUUUCACUGUCGAGGGUCAGUUCCUAUGUUACUGAACAGGUUUAUGGCAGAGGAUGGUUUUAUAUUUCCCAAACGUUUCUUUCCCAAGAAAGUUGACAACUUUUUUGGAUGUUCAUUGACAGUUGCUUCAUGGAGUGGUCCGCCAUUUAUAUUUUUUAAAAGACGCCACAACGAAGAUAUUAAGAUCUAUGGAAUUGAAGGAGAACUCAUUAAAAUGCUUUCGAAUAAGAUGAACUUUAAGAUGAAUUUCCUACUAACAACUAAAAGAGGAAGGGUAUUUCCUAAUUUGACAGCAGUUGAUGGAGCUGUCAAACUAAUUAUUGACGGACAAGCGAACAUAACCAUCAACAGCUUUGUUUAUUCUGAGUUCAAUUUAAAGGCGAUGUUAGCAUCGUACACUUACGCCAGUUACGCCAUAAUCGUGGCAGUUCCCCAAGGUGAUUCGUUGAGUUCUAUCCAAAGGCUGACGCGGCCAUUCAAAUACAUCAUUUGGUCAUGUCUCAGUUCCAGCGUGAUAGCAGGGAUAGUGAUAAUUUUCGUAAUACAGUGUCUGCGAAAAAGGACAGUUCAGGAUUUUGUAUUUGGGCCGCUGAAUUCGACACCCUUCACCAAUUUGCUGAAUGUCUUUCUAGGUGGUCCGUUAACAGUGCUUCCGCGAAGAAAUUUCGCCCGCUAUAUUCUUCUUGUUUGGUUGAUGUAUACAAUGGUUCUUCGGAAUGCCUACAGUGGUGAACUAUAUAUCAUGCUUCAAGACUCCUCAUCAAUAAGGAACCUUCAAACUGCUGAAGAACUGGUCGAAAAGAACUUUACAAUCUGGUGUGCUGACAAUACAAUUGAAGUUAUUCGAAAAUCAACCAAAACUAAACGUUUGAAAGUUAUCCAAGGGCAACCUUUUCGUUACUUGGCUCAGCUUCAUGAUAAUCAGGCAAAAUUUGGAGUAGUUAUUUUGGAACCUCUUUUGACAAUUUACAAUAGGAUUUUCCAUCGAAUACCCCGGGUUGAAACAUUGCCCACAAAGCUAUUAAGUGCUCCGCUGACAAUGUACUUUCAAAGGCAUUCUUAUUUACUAGAAGUCAUUGAUCGUCAAUUGAUGGCUUUUGUAGCAUCGGGUUUAAUGGAAGCCUGGGAUAGAUUUUAUCUUUUUAGAUAUAAGCAGGAUUCGAAGAAUAGAGAACCGGCUGUGUUGUCAGUUGAAUUGCUAAUGGGAAUUUUUAGUGCUUAUUUGUUAUUUUUGGGGUUUGCGUUUUUGGUUUUCUUAUUGGAAUUGUGGUCAAAACAGUCACCGAUAUGUAGGAGUGUUAUGAAUUUUUUCAAUAUUUGA